AUGGUAGCUUUGCUGGAAACAAGAAUGACUAAUCACCUCUCAAUACUGGAAGAUUUCAACUUCACAGAGAUGAUAGAGGUUCCAGCAGAAGGGCAAGCUGGAGGGCUGGUGAUCCUAUGGAAUCAUGCUAGAGUCAUCGUCAACAACUUCACUAGGCGUAACCAAGAAAUCCAUGCCAUGAUCGAGGUAAAACCCAAUCACAAAAAUUGGCUAUUUCGUACCAUCUAUGCUAGCACUGAUAAGCAUAAUCGAGAUAUCUUAUGGCAAAACAUAAAAAAUAUCUACAACUCUUAUAAAGGGGCUUGGCUUAUGGGCGGGGAUUUUAAUGAUGUGAUUAUGGCCCAAGAAAAAUUAGGUGGCAAGGCAGUGAACCAAAAGCGUGCUAAAAGCAUUUUAGAGAGCCUAAAUUACUGUAAUCUUUUUGAUCUAGGAUUUAAAGGGUGUAAUUUUACUUGGUCGAACCAUAGAAGAAAAGGUAAAGGUCUGAUAAUGGAACGAUUAGAUAGGAUCUUUGCUAAUACGGAGUGGCUAGAUCAAUAUCCUGAAGCCUCUACAAUUCAUCUACCAAACAUCCACUCCGACCAUAAUCCCAUCCUCAUUUCCCUCAAAAAGAAAAAUAUGACCUACAUUGACAAACCCUUCCGUUUAGAGACAAUGUGGUGCUCACACCCUGAUUUCAUAUCAUUAGUGAAAAAGCACUGGGUCACAAAUGACCUUAUAACGGCCACCAAGUCUUUUGGGGAGGAUGUUAAGUCCUGGAGUAGAGAGGUUUUAGGUAACAUUAAUAGGAAGUAA